AUGCAGCCGCAGAGAUCUUCACCACGGCAUACCACACCACGUCCGCCGCCCGCAUCGAUUCGGACCUCGACCAUGAGUUCGGUGGAGAUGCGGUUGGCGGCGAUCAAGCUCGGCCUAGAAGACAUCGACGAGAACCUGCAGCUCUACACAAGCCAGGUAGAGGCAAACUCAAGAGUCGCCGUGGCCUUGCAGCGUGAACGUCUUUCUGCCGUGGCAGAAAGAAAUGCCUUGGAGGUGCGCGACACCCACGACAGAGUCAGUGCGCUAGGCGGAGAGAAGUUUAGAGAUUGGCUCAUGGGCACCGUGGAUCCUUACAGACGCCCGGAAUACGGCAAUUUCGGCAAUGGCAUGUUCAAAUGGGGUAGCGCUAUGCUCACUACGAAGUACCUGGAGAAGAUUGGAUAUGUGAGAUCCGAGCCAGCACCAGAAACGCCCGACCAAGCAUCUUCAAACAUGAAGAAAACAUAUCUUACGAACCUCAGUAUUCCCGAAGAUCAAAGCGUUUCACGGCAAGAGUACGCUACGUCGCCAGACUUUAGCCGUCUGACUGAAGGAGAACGAUCGGCGGCUGAAGGAACCGUAGCAGAGGCGUCGAAUAAGGCCGGAGUCCAAAGUGCAAUUGGCCAAACGGGUCCACUAUCAUGGCCAAAGAACUCUUCGUCACAAGAGAAGUCUGUUCGCAAUGACAUCCCAGCUACCAUCAAGUUAGCGGCACAGAAGCGAGGAGGGCCGAUGAUGCUGAAUUCCACGCAAGACGAAGCAGCGUCGAACCCGGUUCACCCGCAGUCUCACGCAAAAGUCGAUCCGCAGCUGCCGACUGCACAGCGCCAGUCAAGGGUAUUUAACGGCCAGGUGUCUGCGGGGAGUAGACUUGCGGACAUUCCGGGCUACCAGGCUCUGGGUGCCAUAUCCUUGAUCACACCAAAGUCACCAUCGAUCAAAGACCAAGCGCAUCUCCAGCGUGUCAAGCGACCUGCACAGUCACCCGCAACAAUACCAGCUCCGAAGCGUCAGAAACCCCUCGACGGAUCUCACGCCCAAGACUCAUCGUCGCACGCGGUUGAUGCAUCACCAAAUAUACAGCAGCCGGGUUCGAGCUCAGAGAAAAUGCCAGUUGCGCAAAGCACGCUUCAAGGUAUGAACGAUCUUCCCGUGAUUGAAACGUCACCUCCGACACACGUAGGUCAUACCACGGACGGUCCGCCAGUCAGCCUGAGUAGGGUCCGGCCAAGACCAAAGCAUACCAUCGCCCUUCUCACGUCGCCGGGUUGUGAAGCCUACACAAUUAGGACCAAAUUACUCCGCACCGCGAUCGCACAAAUGAGCUCGACGUGUUUCUCCCUGACUGAAGCUGGGCGAGCCGCAGAUCCCGCGGUUGUGGAAUAUCCAGCCGAUAGUCUCAAAGACCUAUACAAGGUCAUGUUCUGCCGCAACAACAGAGACCCGUGGAAAGAUKGCGCAAACCCAGUUCUUCGGGAUGUUCUUGAUGGGAACAUGCUCCUGGAAGGAAUAAUUGGAGCGGCAGUUUAUGACAAGGUGUUUACGAAGCCAGUUCCGUGGAGCUCUCCAAUCGACCUUAUUCAGCGAAUCCAGGAGGAUGGCCAUGCGCCGUACCUCAAAGAUGCAGCCGACCAGACUUCUGGAUUGGACUUCGACCUCGAGUUCUUCAUCUACAGAGCUGCUCAACUGAAGGCCUAUGAUCCGCAAUUCCAGAACUCAACCAUCCGUCCCAUUGCCAGACGACUUUCGGCAGACAUCCUCAUUACACUCAUGCCACAGUUCAAGGUAUUGGAAAUUGAAAGGGUCAUUGACAAGCCCGACACGAAAGCCCGGGAGGCAUUGUGGAACCAAAUUUCUGCGGAUCUGACAGACAUCGUGACGCAGGCACUCAUUAUCCGGGGAAUGAUGCAUGCAGCAAGGGAUGAGUACCAAUUGGUGUGGGUACCGGGCGGAUCUCCGUACGACUCCGAGAGAAUGUUCGCCAUACCUCCAGCAUCCGAAAAGGUCGGAGAGAUGGCGUUUUGCGUCGUGCCGGGGAUUCUCUUCAGGGCGAGCCCAACUGAAGAUUGGUGCGUUACAAGCCAGGCGAUUGGCUACCGCAAGGUGAAGACUGUGGGUUGA